CCGUUCCUCCGCCCUCGCCUUCUCCCCCCCUUUAGCCCGUCACAGAGCGAUGCUCGUCCAACGACGGGCCCUCGCCGCCGCCAUCCGCGCCCACUCCUCACGGACGUACGCAACCGCCCCAUCAGGUCCAACCGUCUUCGCCCAAGACAACGGUCAACCAACUUCUUCCAUUACCGUCCUCGUCAAGGCAGGCAGUCGUUUCGAGCCUGAGGGUCAUGCUGGGAUCGCUCAUGUGCUCAAGCAUUUUAGCUUCAAGAGCUCGAAGGAGAGGUCGGCGUUGCGCACCGUACGAGAGGCCGAGCUGUACGGGGGUAUCCUAUCCGCUACUCUGACACGGGAGUACCUUGCCCUGACGGCAGACUUUUUGCGUGGGGAUGAGGGCUUCUUCCUCCCCCUUCUCGCAUCCUCCGUCGUCUCCCCAAAGUUUGUCAACCAUGAACUCCACGAGCUUGUCUGGCCUAGCGUCAUGACGGAGACCGCAAACGCGAUUGUAAGCGGAGAGUACACGGCGCUCGAGCUGGCACAUGCGCUCGCCUUCCGCUCCGGAUUGGGUCACGCCCUGCUCAACCCGCCCCACGCGCAUGCGCCUUCCAUCGAAGCUGUGAGGGACUAUGCGAGCAAGGCGUUCACCACGUCCAACGUUGUUAUCGUUGGUACCGGUCUCACCCAAGAGAAAUUGGAGACGCUUGCCAGCCACCACUUCCCCCUGUCGAGCGGAACGAGCCUCACCUCGCCUGCAACCAAGUACUACGGCGGUUCGACCGUGUCGCCUUCGCUCCACCCCACCCUUUUUGUCGGGUAUGGUAUCGCAGGUGCUCCCAGUGCUGGUCUCUCCACCCUCGCUGCACACCUCGCCGUCAAGCCCCAUCUGCCGUGGUCUGACGGGCUGUCUCCUCUCUCUUCUCUUCCAAAGUCCGUCAGCACCGAAUCCGUCCUGAUCCCGUACAGCGACGCAACCCUGUUCGGCGUGCUUAUCAGUGCCAAGGACAGUGCCGGUCUCAGGCAGGGUGGUGAGGCCGUCGUCAAGGCGCUUAAGGAAGCUGCUUCUGGUGGGCUGAGCCAGGAGCUGGCUGGCCGCGCGAAGGCGCGUGCAAAGUUCGCUGCUGCGAGCCUCGAGGAAGGCAAGGCUGGUGUGCUCGCCAAGGGUGCCGCUCAGCUGGAGGGCAAGGCCUGGACCAACCUAGUGGACCAAGUCGAGAAGCUGGAUGUGAAGGCGUUGGGCAAGUUUACCACUGACCUGAUGAAGACCAAGCCCACCGUUGUGGCACUUGGUGAUAUCAACACGCUUCCACAUGCCGACGAGAUUGGCUUGUAAUCGCUGACGUGUCUCCGGAGAGGCGUAAAGCUAAAUAUUACAUAGUACCUUCUACGCAGCCGCCCUAAACGCCUUCUUACCUUUAUUCACAACCCAAAAGAGGCUGUUUCUUUUCGCCUGCCUUGUACCUAAACGCGAAAUGAGAAGCUAUUCAC